AAAAAAAAAAAAAAGUUGUCCACCUCCAGAAAGAUGAAUAGAACACUGAACGGUCAGGCCUGUGUGGGAGUUUCAAAGCCAUUAUGUGCAUCUCUGCAUCAGCUGGCCACUUGAUGGCAGUGUUUGCUUACCCUUUCCUUCUGCAACCCAAACGACCAAAAUGCUUUUGAUGACAAGCUUUUUUUUUUUAAAUCAAAAUUUAGACAAUUCAAAAGACUUGUAAUUACUACAGUGUGAAGUCUGCACUUUGAGUUGAAAGGGAGCGUCUGUGGGGCUGCAUCAUCAUGCUGCUGCAGCAUACAGCGCCGAUACAAGGUCGUGGAUUCCGGAGAGUUAUAUCAAUUAGAACUCACUUCCUGUCCAGUGUAUUUGUCUAUACAGUUGACUCUGUCCUAACAGACUACUCAAAUGAAAAUGAGUUACUUUAAGGCAGGGGUCUGCAACCUUUAGCAUCAAAAGCACCAUUUUGACUCAUCUUUCAGAAAGAGAAAAAAAAAAAGUUUGGAUCCACUAAACAUUACACAGCUUAUAAACUUUUAAAACUUUUUAAAUGUUACCUGUUACAAAAUUCAGACGGAAGUGUGUAGGCCUACCUCGAAAUCAUUAACACUUAACUCUGUAAGCCCUUUUGAGUGGUUCCCGUAUUUAUGUAAAAUUAAAACAAAAUGUAGUCAACUUCAACAUUAAAAAAAAAAAAAAGCCCAGAGUUCACAUAUCUGCGUAAGUGUUUACGCCUGUGCUGAACAGUCAUCAAUAACCAUUUUAUUGGACCUGUCCUUGAAGAGAGGCACUCUUACAAUUUCCUGUUAAUUUUCUGAAUUUGGAGAAUAGAUUGAUGUUUUUAUGAAAUAUUCUUUCAUGCAUUUCCCAUCUGUGAAUGCCUUGCCCCUCCUUCCCAUCUCAUGUGUAGCCCAGUGAUGCCCAUUUGGCCAUUUUCUCGAUAAAUCUGGCGACGUUACAAACGCUCUUGGCGACUUCACAAAAAGGGACUAGCGACAAAUGUAAGGACUUUUACUGACGUCGUUGGGAGAUUUUUCUGGAAGACGUAAAAGUGAAAGGAUAUAUUGUGCGGUUGCUCCGGAAUGUCCACCCCACGUCACGAAGGUGAGUACACAGUCGGCUUCCUUACGGCACACGACCUGCCUCUGAGAGUCACCACCUCGGCGAUUGGCGUGUUACUGGCACUCUUUAUAAAACAUGUUAUGCUCUCGUUUACUGCGCAGUAACUUGCUUCAGACUCAACUCAACACUUCCUCACUUCUUUCGCAGUGAGAGUCACUGUAUACACUAGCCCAUAGACAUAUGCACUAGACUACCGCCCCCUCCCUUGCUCAUCCAAUCAGCAAUCAGAACGCAGUCUAGAUGCAUUCACGGACUUGCGAUGAGUCAGGUAUUUCACAGUUUCGGAAAUGCACACGUCCCCUAUUUCGGUGUUAAUUUUUUUUUUUUUUUUUUAAAUCACUGCACUCGGCGAAGGGAGCCGCAACAAGGUGGCUGAAGUACCGCAUGCGGCUCCGGAGCCGCGGGUUGCCGACCCCUGCUUUAAUAUCAUGCAGGGCUUACCGACAGCCUCAAAGCGCGCUUCAUCCCCAGCAAAAGAGCGAUCCACAGCUAUCAUGAAGUACCAUCAGGAACAGGAUCACAGGACACCAACACUGACAGGAGGGACAUCAUACUGCAAGGCAAAACACACAAGCAGAAGCAUAUUAAAUGUCUCUCUCAGCAUCAUCUUCUUACCCAAAGUAGAAGAAAGGCUCCAUAUUUGCUGGUGAGUGUCUGUGCGCUGGCAAACUACACCUGACCAACACAAGAUCAAAGUGUCCUCACUCAGGUGAGGCUUAUUAUCAAAUAAACUGGCCAAUCAGAGGUCCCUCAUUGUUAGAGCGUGACGCUCAUUAGCAAUCAAUGAGUUUUGUCUUUGGAUGUGACAAGAAAACGCCUGCUUCGUCACCUAGGUGUGGAAAAGUAUACUUAUUUCUUGUUACAUCUUUAAAAGUGCUGUCAAUCAUGGUUCAAUACUGCAUUGGGGGCGCUUGCUUUCAAACAUACUAUAUCCUUCUCCUCUCCCACGACUGCAAAUUCUCAUAGCUUCUCUGAGACUGCGUAUGUGUAUGUGUGCGCACAUGAGUGGCAGCCAUUAACGCCACUCCCUUUUCGGGCCAAAAGACAAAUCUCAUUCAGUUUAACUCAUAAUUGUGAAGAAUAUGGAAUUUUUUUGUACAUUUCUUUGCUGAAACCACUAUUGGUUACAUAUGCUAGCCAGUGGUGGUGUUGUCAUAUUUUUGGGUGAAAAAAAGGGUCAUUUGAAGCCAAGGAAGGAUAGCACCAUUAAGUGUCAAGAGGGUGGGGAGGAUGUGUUGAGCUGCAGGGUGAUGAUCAUGUCCUGCAUGGUCAGCAUGCAAUACACAACACUGCAAUGAAGACACCUGCUCCAGACACACACUGAGUGGACAUGUCUUACCUGUACGGGGCAUCUACUACUGUAUGUGGACAACUCAAUGUUUUAUUGUUAACUUCAACCUGAGGAAAUAUGAUGGUAACCAUCACUCAAUAGAAUGCAUAAUGCAUUUGCAUUUUUUUUUUUUUGUGGUCUCCUGGGGCAUCAUUUUCAGACAGAGGGCUUCUAUUAUUGUGAAUGUGAAUCUGCCCAUGAUUGUGAUAAAUGCAUGCUACUAAAUUAAGGUAAUGGAUGGUUGUAACUUAAUACAGUUUCAUUGAGCAAAGACUGGAUUUGAAGUUUUAAAUGUACGUCAGUGCUUCUGGUAGUGGUUAGGCCACCAGAGAACACCUUGCUGGCCCUCACUGCACAACACUGAAACACUGACAGACUGGGAAAUAAACGCUGGCUAAUUCAUUCAUUUAAUAUUUAUUCACUGAACUGCACUAUAUGAUACAAAAUUACAUAAUUUAGCAUGAGAGUGCCAAAAUAUUGCAAAUAUAAACAUAUCUUGUAACUAAUAUCUCUCUGUCACUGUCAAAUUCAACCAUUAUCCUUUUAAAGGCGGACUUUGCAGUAGUAGUAGCAGCAGCAGCAGGUGUACCUAAUGUUGUGUCCAGUCAGUGCAUUUGUUAGCUUGUCCGCCCACAUGGACAGAGAGGUGAGGAUGUUGAAAUUGACCCUGACAAGCUUAUAACACAUUAACACUAGCUUGUGUGGUGUUAGCAACAGGUCAUGUGAUCACUCACUGGACACCCGCAGUCUCUCUCCACCUGAAGUCAAGACUUUUUAUGAUUAAAGUCAUCCCACUGAUCCGUGAGAGUGGAAAAAGGAAGUCAAAGGUUGUUCAGCCAGUCAUUAAUGUCAAGAAUUUGCCGGGUGAGUUCAUUCAUGAUAAUAGCUUUACAUGCGGUCAACAAUGGCCUGACAUUUGGAUAAUUGCUCUCGGUGUUUACUCCACUGACUAAAUCUGACGGCAGGAAGGUUGGUGGAGUGUCGGCCUGCUUCGUCGUGUCCAGGCGGUCUCAUUAACAUUUGAGUCACUGUGUGUCACUAACAAAGUGCCACAGCAUGCGAGGCCUCAUGUUGCGCUUGGACACCUUGUGAAGCUGGAGCGGCUAAUCCUGAGUGACACAACUAAAACAUUUGAUAUUCACUUUUCAUCGAAAAAAAAAACAUAAAACAAAACCGAGCUUUGAGGUGUCUAAUUGUGUCAUGGCGUCAAAUCAUCUCCUUUUGGUGACACUUUCUCCAACACACCUCCUAGCUCCCCCGCAGCCUCUCGCCUCAGCCAAUGGCGUGCUGGUGUCAGCUGGAGGAUGAGGAGGAUCUGAGGAUGAAGGAGGCUAUUUAUCAGCUCAUCGCCAACACACCGCAUUGAUCGUCACGCCAAUUGAAGAGUCUAGUGGAGAUGCUUCAGUCACAGGUGCACAUGCUGCUGCUGGUUCUGCUGUCCGGUGGGCUGCUGGUGCGGGUCAGUGGCGCCCCGAGUGGUGCAGAUCUGUUGGCAGAGACCCUCAGAGCGGACAUGGCACUGGACAAGGCCUUGGCUCGCUCACUGCUGAUGAGGCUCAUCUACCAACUGGCAGCCAGAAGAGCCGACAUGCUCCCUGAGCUGGCGGGCGAGCUGGGAGUCAGGGUGAUGCGGCGACACCUCCCUGUCUCUCAGAGAGAGCGCAAGGCAGGCUGCCGCAACUUCUUCUGGAAGACUUUCACUUCCUGUUGAUUUUGUUGUUCUUACUUCACAUUGCCUUGUGUGUGUGUUGUCUAUUUUACAAGUGGCAGGGAUGUACAGUCAAAUAAUUUACUCAAUAAAA